GUAGUUUCCCGUCCGAGCCAAGGACAUGGAGGAGUGCGAGUCCGCCCCUGCCAGUUUCAAGAGGAGGGCCUGGGCUCAGAGCCGAGACUCCUGGCAGGCUCCUGAGUCUCAGGACCAGGGAGCAGAGGAGCCGCGGUCUGCACAGCCUAUGGAGGAUAAGACUUCGACAGCUUCAGAAACAGGUCCUAAUCCAAAUCAAGUAGAGAACUGGCUCAGGACCUGCAGGACUCCUCUCGGGGCCUCUUUGGAUGAACAGAGCGGCAGUCCGUCCAGAGGGCCAUUAAAGAAUGGCUGUAGCUUUGAAGAUGACCUGUCCCUGGGAGCUGAGGCCAAUCACCUCCAGAACAGCAGCACAAAAACAGAGGCCAAUGGCUUUGAAAUGCCAGCCAAGGCCAAAAGGAGCCAGUUCAAACAGAAGGGCAGAAGUAUGAACUCCACAGGCUCUGCUAAGAGCAGCACCACAGUGUCCAGUGUUUCGGAACUGCUGGACCUGUAUGAGGAGGAUCCAGAGGAGAUUUUAUACAACCUCGGCUUUGGACAGGAGGAGCCCGACAUCGCCUCAAAAAUCCCUUCUCGCUUCUUCAACUCGUCUUCUGGCGCCAAGGGCAUCGACAUCAAAGUUUACCUGGGAGCCCAGAUUCAGCGCAUGGAGCUGGAGAACCCGAACUAUGCCCUAACAAGUCGAUUCCGUCAAACAGAAGUACUGGCUACGGUGGCAAACGUUUUCACAGAAAUCUACUCUCAAGUGUCCGGAAGACCCAUGGAGAAAAUCGGCAAUGGCGAAAUAGAGGUUAAAACGCCUCCAUUAAAAAGGAAUAAUUCGGCUCUGAAUGCGGCCAAAAUUCUAAAACGGAACAUUACGAGACAGAACCUGAUGGCCUCCGGCACGGAGGGAUCGGCCAGACAGCCUUCGGUGCCUGAUGCCGACGGCCCAGAGAGCGUGAACUCUGACAUACGGGACGGGCUGACGGAUACCGAGCACAAGCUACAGCAGAAAGUCUUUAGGAAAAAAGAUUCAUCUCUGGCAACAGUGACCGAGGAAGCACAGCAAUGUAUCUCAGAGCCAUCACUCAACGGAGAAAUCCCAGAACCUCUAGCUAAGGACUCUACGUUGACAAAUGGUGAUCACUCCAGUCCGUCACCAGCUCUGGACAAAGACACGCCCCUUUCCCCGGUCCUGGUUAGCAUCAGUCGCGUUUCUGACGAGAGGGAUCUCAAAGAGCACGAGCACCAGAACACCAUCACUUCCACCCCAGAUAAAGAACCAUCCAACCUGCUGCCCAACCCACACAUAGCCCACCUGCUCGGCCAGCCCAGAGACUCCUUUGAAAUGGAGGAGUUGCAGAGUAAUGAGGAUGAAGCUCUUCCUGGUCCUGGUGGCAUGUCUCGAGAUGGCAGCGAGCGGUUAUUGAGGACUACCAGCCAGCAGUCUGACAGUAGCGGGUUUGCAGAGGACCCAUCCACAGACGGUUCGGGUUAUCACCUGAAGGUACAAGAAAGCUCAGACAGUUGUGACAGUGAAACUACAGUGACAUCGCAUGCAGGUGAAGUCAGCACUCCAGUAGCGUUGGAGAACCCCAACUUUAAAAUGUUUCUGGGCGAGGAAGCCCAGACAAGAGUCAACAGACAAGUCCCUGAGAUUCCCAAUCCAAACUCUGACAAUGUUAGCACCAAUGGACCACUCCUUUCUCCUGACUCUGAUAGGGCUUCCAACAUAGUGCAAGAACCCGCCACAGACUCUUCAGAAGUGGAUUGUACCGUGAUUGUAAAUCCUACAACAGAUUCAGAUGGAACUCAUGAGAGCAACAUAUCCCAGCCUGGUUUUGGCAUGGAUCCAGACUCUCCUAAAGAUCUACAUUCAUCCUUUGGACCAGAGUCAUCGGAUCUUGAGCAAUGCCAUCCCGCGGCUCAAAGGAGGCAAACGGCCCAUCAAAGGUCAUCCUCAAUGGACGAGGAACGUCCUGGCCGAGUAUGGGUGAGGGACAAGGACUUGCUGAGGGAAACCUCGGAGAGGAAUCCUUUUAGGAGAUCCAGCUCCCUCCCAAUGUCUUCACUCAACCCGACUCGAGUGGUCACCUCCAUGCGCAUCCAACUUGGAAAGGGUUCGGUCAAGCACUGUACCCCACCCUCGUACACAUUCCGCUACGAUGAGGAGAAUCGCAGUGACCGGGAAGAAGUGGAUUCCAUCAUGGAAGAAGACGAAGUUUAUCAUGCCGACAGACAAUCUACGCUCUUGAAUUCUGCUCCAGCAAGUAGAUCAAAGACUGAUAGGGAAACACCACCACCACCAAACCAUCUAAACAUACCCCAACAUUAUCGCUCCUCCAGCUCGCUUUAUAGUGUGCCUGCCGACUGGCCCCAGAGGCCCCUGGGUGAAGGUCCAAGCUGGAGCGCAUGUAGCGUCCCAAACCUUUCUCAUUAUACAGGUCCAGCCCACCCUCAUCCUCCCCCUCAAGGGUCCUUCUACUCUCCACAACAUGGAUUGCCCUACAACUUCUCGUACCCUACAAGAAUUCCCCACCACACUCCCUACCCACCACCGCAGAGCUCGCCUUAUCCUCAGCCACUUCAGAGCCAUACAUUUACUCCACCACAGGGGGUGACCGUUGCACCCCAGCACAAUAUGCAUUAUGCACAUCCUCACAGCACACCAUACAACCAAUUCUCUUCACCUUACAACGUUUCUCAGGGAGCUCCCUAUGGCCCCUCAUUGAACAUCCACGGCAGCCCGUACCAUCUUGCGCAGUCCCAGAGUUCCCCCUACAAUUUGGGGUACAACAAUUCCUCACAUCACCUCGGUGCCCCCUAUAGCCAUCCAUAUUAUCCGUCUCCCCCCUACCCUUUCUCCGUUGGGACUCCUCCGGCACCCGCUCCUGCGAUGGGCAGCACAGAGAUGCAGCUCAUGAGGGUCCUCCAUGACAUUCGUGGGACAAUGCAGAACCUUGGUCAGAGCUCAUCGGUGCAUGGAGGGGACACACCCAUUGACAGGAUCAGUACACCACGCUCUGUCCAACUGCUUUAUGAGGAGCUUCAGAUGCGGCGCAGGAGUCUGAACGUCUUCCGGACUCAGAUGAUGGAUCUGGAACUGGCUCUCAUGAGACAGCAGUCUAUGGUCUACCAGCAUCUUAGUCCAGAUGAGCGGCGGGAGGCGGAACAUCUGGAAACCCUGCGGACCGCAGUCAGACAGGAGCUGCAGGAUCUGGAGCUUCAGCUGGAGGAUCGCCUGCUCUAUCUGAAUGAAGAGAUGCGCAGCAGCUCCCAGCACAGCAGCCUCUACCGCCACCACAUGGGCAUGCAGAGAGGUCACAGCAUGGAAAGCCUGUCUAAUUCUUCAGCGCUGCGGGCCAUGGAGCCGGUGACGGACCUCCUGAAGGAGCAGUUGUACCUUCAAUCUGAGCUGGGAUAUGAUGCUCCCACACUCAGUUCAGGCCGCUCGUCGAGAGCAUCCAGCCCUGGCAGAUCCAACCGAUCACAUGACUGUUGCUCUCCUUCCCUGCAAAGAGGCAGCGUUUACCGGGCCACCCUCAACCUCACACCCACCGUCCCUCCACGGCCUGGAAUGGAGGUUCCUCGGUCUGAAUCCCUGGAAAGGACGGAGCCGAACCCGACACCGACUACUUUAGAGUUCAGCAGAGAUGAAGAAGAGUCGUCGCUGGAUGGUCGCAGGAGCAGGACGGCUGAGGACUGCUCUCCCACCGAGUGGAGGAGUAGAAGUAGAGGGAAUGGUGACCUGCAACAUCUUAUUCAAGAGAUUAAAGAUAGCCUCGCUCAUGAAAUCAGGCAGGAGAUUGUGAACGAGCUUCUGGCUGCUGUGUCGCCACAUAGAUCUCCUCUUCCAGCCAGGAAGCCUCCUGUGUAAGCAGCAGAACAGAGGAUGGAGGUAAAGAAGUAGUAAAUCCUGUGAAAUAGUCUCAACGAACACUGGUUAAAGCUUUGCACUGAGAAAGGCCCAGCACUUCUUUCUGGUUCUGUCUGUGAAGCCCUUCCAGACUCCAAUGCUUCUGGACUGUCGAGUUGCAGUGAAUCUGAAUCAUGUCUUCAAGUCCAGAUUCCACAUAUGCAGCGGUUGAGAUCUUCCCCUGUCCAAAUCCGCAAAGGGCACACGGCUUAUUGUGGCAUCCGUCUGGUACAUAUUACAGAAAUGUAAUGAAUCUUUUGGGAUGUAUUUAAGUAUGUGAUGCAGGUCUUGUCGAAUGUUUGAAAAGACUUGUGGGUGACUAAAGUUUUCUGUUUGAGUGUUUCUGUGUUUGUUUGUCUAGGACUAAAAUGUCUACUGUAAUCAGACUUGUUUUCUAAAUCAGCCUCUGUGAGGAACUAACCGUGCAAUACAUUUCACUUUUUUUUUUCUCUCUUAAACUUGAACUGACCAAUCACAACUACUGUUCUACUCACAAUGCACACAGCUGUCUUCAUUUCCUGUUGAUAGUCUAUCACAUACUGUAUGUAUAGAUAAGACACUUAAGCCUUCGGAGCACAUUCAUAAACAUUUUGUCCUGUGAGAAGAAAGCACUAAAUUCUCUUUAUACAUACAAUAUAUAUAUAUAAAUAUACACUAGCACGCUUUUUAAAUAUUUUUUUAUUCUUAAAGCCAGCAGAGGAUAGUCUGUCAAAUCUGCUUCUGGAUUUAAAGUGUUCAACUUAAUUUUCCUCAGUGUGAAUGAGUUUUUUUGUUGUCUAAGAUGAAAUGAAUUGUAAUACUAAUUGAUUUAUGCGACUAAGGGGGUGUGUUCCCUUUCCGCCUGGGAUGCAUGAGGGAUAAUCUUUAAUGCAAAUCAUUAAUAAAGAUUUAUUUAUUUUGUACGUACA